AAAAGAAAAAGAAAUUUUUCUUAUCGCCCAAGUCACCGAAAACUUCUAUAAAACUGAGCUUACAGAAACGCAAAUCACUGUCUUGUAGCAAAAGCUUGGUGCCAUUUCAGCGCGCGAGCAAGCGAGAGAGAGAGAGAGAGAGUCAAUUGUGGUUGGCGAAAGAUUGAGAGGUAAUAGAUCCGGACGCUGUUUCUGAGCUAUGGAGGCUAAGGAGGAGACGCUAGUGAUCAAGGUUAAAUUUGGAGAUACUCUUAAGCGGAUCAGAGCUUUUAUUAAUGAAGAUGAAAAACUAGAUCUUGACAUGGCUGGGUUGAGGGGGAAGAUACUUAGUUUCUUCAAUUUCCCUGCUGAUGCUGACUUUACCCUGACUUAUGUUGAUGAAGAUGGUGAUGUUGUAACUCUUGCUGAUGACGAAGAUCUGCAUGAUGUGGUGAGGCAGCGCCUGAAAGUCUUGAGGAUCGUUGUACAACUGAGCAACGACAAAGGUGUCAACUCGUCUGCUCGAUCGAGUGGAAAUUCUACCCCAUUAAGAUCUCCUCGAGUCCUGCCUCCAUCUCGGACUAACAAAACAGAUUUUGCUGAGGUAUUAAAAUCUGUGCCACAACUACCACGCGAAGCACUUAAGCUACAUGAAGCACUUUCAAAGCUUUCGCUCGACAUUGUUUCUAAAGCUACCUCUUCUAAAGCUGCUGCUGGUCCUGUGCUUCUUGAGCUAGUUGACUUUAUAUCGAAGUUGGCACAAUCCCAACUGAAUCUGGAUUCACACUCUAAUGGUGGUGCAGGCUCAAGCACACAGAAUGUUGCUGGUGGUUCAAGUGCUUCAAAGGACGGAGACAUGGCUGAGAUGAUGCCAAAGUCCAUGCUUGUCGACUCAGCAGCCGAAAACAGUCAACGGGCGAACACUGGAAAUGUAAGCAGAGGUGUUGGGGCACCGGUGACCCCUCUCCUUAAGUCUGUUGAUUUGAAUCUACCUCCCACUGAUUCAAAUCCGUUAGUAACUGUAAAAGUUGGAUCCUUUGCAUCUGAUGUUCCUGUUGGAGAGGACAGGAAGAGUGCUAAGAAGAAUGCUAAAAAGGACAGCAAAGGUAAGUCAUCUGGUUGUGUUGCAAAUGCAAGUUUAUCUGUUCCUGCAAGGCCUACCCACCCUUUGAAUUUGCGACGGGUUCCUUUCAAUGAGUGUCCAUUUGCUGGGACGCCCAUAGGAAAUGAUUUAGCAGUGCCUUUUUUUGGAUACCAUCCUCACCACCCAUCUAAAAGGAGCCAUAGAAGUACUCCGCUCGUGGGAGGUAUUUUCCACAAGGGUGUACAAUGUGAUGGUUGUGGAGUUCAUCCCAUUACUGGACCACGAUACAAGUCUAAAGUAAAAUCCAACUAUGAUCUUUGCAGUAUUUGCUUCUCAGAAAUGGGCAACGAGACUGAUUACUGGAGAAUGGACCGCCCUAUGUCUUGUAGGAUUCCACGGUCCUUCAAUGACAUAUGUGAGCAAAUGAAUCCUCAGAUGGAUUCUCAGAUGAGUUCUCCCUGGGUUGCUACGCCAGAUAUAUUUAAUCUGUCUAACCAAAAGCUAGAUAGUCGCUUCAUUUUGGAUGUUAAUGUGAUGGAUGGUACUGUGAUGGCCCCAUCUACCCCAUUUACUAAGAUUUGGAAGAUGCGCAACAAUGGCAGUGCAGUUUGGCCUCGUGGGACACAACUUGUCUGGAUUGAGGGAGACAGAUUAAGUAAUGCCUUUUCUGUUGAGAUAGAGGUUCCUGAGAAUGGUGUGCCUGUGGGCCAGGAGCUCGACAUUGCAGUUGAUCUCACCGCACCUGCAUCUCCUGGUCGAUAUACUUCAAUCUGGAAAAUGGCUUCCCCAUCCCAUCAAAUGUUUGGGCAACGUAUCUGGGUUAUGAUCGAGGUUGAUAAACCAAAAGGCUUGAACCUGAAUCUGUCCCCCGAUACUGUUCUUGAAAUUAUAGAAGCAAAUGGUGAGCUUCUCCAGUCUGGUAACUCAAACACAACGACAGAACCUGUAAAACCAGUGGUUGAUGAGCUGCCUAAGGACCAUGAUCUGAACUUUCCAAUAAAUGAUACGUUACUGGUUGGCAAUGGCAUCUCUUCUUCAUCUGCAACACAAGAGGCAGUGUUAUAUCCCAUUAUUGACGUCUCUGACGUUGCUCUGGCAGCACCCACCCAGGCACCAUCCAAUGCCCCCGGAGCACCAAGCCAUGCACAAUCCGACACUCCUUCAGCACCCACCCUGGUGCCGUUCAAAGUUGUGGAUCUAAUGGCAUCAGCUCAAGGGGUCACUGUAAAGAACGCUGUUGAGGAGACCCUUCUUAAGGAACUUGAGGAGAUGGGUUUCAAGCAGGUUGAUCUGAACAAGGAAAUCUUGAGGAUGAACGAGUACAAUCUGGAGAAGUCUGUGGAUGAUCUCUGUGGUGUUUCGGAGUGGGAUCCAAUCCUAGAAGAGCUGCGGGAGAUGGGAUUUCGUGAUGAUGAAACGAACAAGAGGCUGCUAAUGAAGAACAAUGGAAGUAUCAAGCGUGUUGUGAUGGAUCUCAUGAGUGGGGAGAGGAGGGCUUAAAAAGCUCCAGUUGACUGCUAUUUCCCAUAUAAAUAAACUUGAAAUAAAUGUACCGAUCCAGUGGGGAUUGGAUGGCUUGCUUUUUCGUGAAAUCGUAGUGUGUGGGUUGCAGAAUCAGGAACAUUUAUGCCGUAAUGAAAUAUUUUGUAAAUAUAUAUAUGUAAUGCUUGGUCGUUUACUGGAUAUGUCAGGCACUUGGGAGGAGCCA